CUGGAGACUCUGGCUUUGGAGGCGUCCUGAUACCCCGGGGUCUUUCCGCCAGCCUGAAGACCCUCAAGCCCUCCCCGGCUGUCUGUGCUCCUUCUCCCAAGAAUCAUUAACCAACGCAAACAGUGGGAGACAACAACCGGCCCCAGAGGUUGUAACCCCUCCAAAGUUUUCAGCUUGGACAUUGGAUCCCAAACACACAGCGUUAUCAAAGGCCAGCAGCCAGAAUUCAUCACAGGGGCCCAAAAUCUGAAGUGUUUUUCCCCUCUGUUUUUGCUAUAAACAGGCCUCCAGCCUUGCUCCAUGCCAGCUGAAAAGAUGGGCAGCUCAGCCGGCCACACCGGAAACAGGCCGGUUGUCCCAGAUGGGAUGCAGGCAGAGCCAGGAGGAUCUUUUCUGGGGCCUAAGAGGGGCUUCAGCAGCCUCCCAGCUCAGCCUCGGGCGCUCUGGGGGGAAGCCAGCUUGAACCAGAGGCUGGCAAAUCUCCAGAGCCUCAGCAAUGGGGAGCCUUUCCCAGCAGGGGAUCGGGAGGGGGGCCCUUGGCCAUGUGUUAAGCCGGCCAUUUUCCUGGGAAGCUGGGAAUGACCCCCUCGGGGGGGGGAGGCGAAGGGUGUGAGAUUCCUGGAACCCCCCUCCCCCUUUGCAGGAGAAUCGGCGGAUCUUCAGGGCAGAAUUCCAGCCGAGACUCCCCGGGGGAUUCCAGGGGGAAUCUUCAGAUUGUGAUGCCUUCGUGUGACACAUUCAGGCAUCACAAUUUCCCUUCAGGUGUCACAGAGCCCCCAGAGGAGGCUGCACAAAUCCAGGCUGGAAGAAGAGAGGCUGAGCUGGGCUGGCAUUUGCCGGGCGCAGAGGAGGGUUUUGGGGAGCAAAGGGAGGCGCGAUCCAAGGGACUCAGGAUGAGGUUCAAGAGGAAUAAAGAUCUGAAGGAGCAAAUCCAUGAACUGCAGUCCAUCAUCCACAUCCAAGAACAAGGGAGGAGGCUCCGCACACAAGCAAGCGAAGAGGCCGUGCGCAAGAACAGGGACCUCAUCGCCUUUCUGCGCACCACCCUGCGGGCAGAGAUGCAGGAGCUGAAACUGGGGCUGAAGUACGACCACGUCACGAUCAGCAGGGCCUGCCUAGACAGGAAGCAAGAGAAAAACACUCUGGCCAAACAUACAGUGGAGCAAGCGCGAGAGUCCCUGAGCCAGUGGGUCUUCGACCGGAUGAACACCCACAACCUCCUCUUGUACGAAGCCCGGCGCCGAGGGAAGCGCCUGGAGGAGCUCCAGGUGAUGCUGCAGGACCUCAUCGGCCUGGAAAGGGUCAGCCCUGAGGUCCAGCUGCAGCUCCAGACCAUCCGCCAGCUGGAGAACAACAUUGAGAAGAUGCAGGUCAACAUUGUGACUGCAGACAAGGUCCACAUCCUGUACGUGAAGAUGGUGAAUGUGCUGAAAGCUGAACUUUCUCAGCUUCCUUUCCUCCUGGACGACUUGGAGCGCCGGGUGGGCACCUUCCAGUUGGAGCUGCAGGGGGUGGACCUGAUGGCUGUGGAUAUGCUGGAAGCCAUGGAGGCCGCCAAGAUGGACAUGGCCAACGCGGAAAAUGAGCUGAUUGCGGAGAAGAAGUUCAGGGAGAACUCGCUCAGCAUCCAGAAGAAGCAGGUAGAGCGCGUCCGUGCGAAGGACGCCGUUGACAGGCACCGAAGGAUGCAAGGCCGGCGAGACCUGGACUUCUCUGCCCUGGUGUUACGGGAAGGAACAAAGGGGCCAAAGAUGGAGGCUUCCAAGGCCCAGAUUGAGUACCAAGGUCUGGUGAUCAGCGAAGUGGAGAAAAUCAAAAGCGCAGUGCAGUGCUCGCAUCUCUGGGAUAUCGCUGGGCGCUUCAUGGCCCAGAAGAAAUCCGAGGAGAACCUCCAGCAGCAGAUCACCAAAUCGGAGAAGAAGCGGCGAGGCCUGAAGUCCCAGCUGAAGGCUCUGGAGCUGCAGCGAGCCGAGCUGAAAUUCCACCAGUCCCCGAGCUUCCUCAGCAUAAAGACGCUAGAAAAGGACCUGUCCAAGAACCUGGAGGAGGAGGAAGAACGGCUUUCGCGGGUCCGUGACCAGGCCUCCAAGAACCAGGAGCUUCUCCUCCAUUUUGAGAACGGGGUCGACAACCUGAUCUUGAGGCUAUACGACAUCAGUGUGCCCGGCCAGGAGGGCUUCCCCAAGAUGGAGGACGUCUUCGAGAAGCUGCAGUUUUGUGAAACAAAACUUCUGCAUUUGAACCAAAAGAUGCUCCAUUCGCCCUUCGACAAAUUCAGCCCAGACGAGAGAGACGAGUCGUUUGUCCACCUCCGGAACUUCCUGGAGGAGACCGCCAGGAAUGCGCACCAGAACCGGAGGAUCCCUUUUUACGAUGACGAAGAGGAUGUCCGAGAAGCCUUUAACUUUGCCGACAUCGACCACAGCUACUUGCCCAGCCGGGAGGAGAUCAAGAAGGAGAGCUUGAAGCUCAUGGAGGAAAAGACCAAGGCCAUGAAGAAAAAGCAAAAGGGGGCCAAAAAAUGAGGCUUCCAAGGACUUGGCGACCCCCAUUUCUCGCAUGUGGGGAUUUGACUCUACCCUGUUGUUGUUUUUUAAUAUAUAUUAUUUAUUCAAAAUGGUA